GGAUAUAUGACGAUGUGUUGUGCGAACAUUAGAGAGCCUCGAGCUCUACCUAGUACCUACCUACCUACCUACCUACCUACCUACAUGUAUGUUACUGCAUACAUAUGCUACCUAGCACCUAUGAACUGUAUUGGUGUCUGUCCAUUGUCCACAGUGUGUGUGAUGUUCAUACAUGUAGGUACGACACAAUAUCCGGGGGUUAUGUAUGGCUUUUCGCUUGCGCCAGGAUAUAGCUACACUACAUCUUGCGCCGAUUUGCCGACUACGACGGCGUGUCAGUUACAUGGCAAAUAUAUGUCUAUAUCAUAUUUUACUAUUGUACAGAUGAACUGUUGGUUAUGUAUAUUAUACGUAAUGACAUAACAAGCUGAACACGUAUGAGGCAUGGCUUAUCGGGUGCAUGUGAAAUAAAGAUGUUCA